UGCCUCAAUCACAGUCUCAUACUUAUUUUUUUUUUUCUCUCGAAAAAUUCCAAGAACAAAUCCACCCCCAAGAUUUUUUGGAUUCUUAUUCUCGCUGUCAUUCGAUUCCAUCGUCAAUCACUCUGAUUUAUUUCGCAUCCUCGGAAGAUUCUAGAAUCAAUCACUUGCCAAAAGCUCGUUCGUGGAUUUUUGUUCUCUUUUGUCUGAUUUAAGGCAUAGCCCUUCAAUUUCGGACCCCGGUUUUGCAUGGAAAAUUUCCUGGUUUUUCCGUUCGAUUUCGGACAGGAGUUUUGCAUCUUUUCCUCUGCGAGUUCUGUAAGUAAUCCGCAGCUUGAGUGGGGAAUUUGAGUUUCUUGAACAAUGGAGGAACCUUCUGAAGCGCCCUACAAUGGCAGAACCGCUGAUUCUAGACUUCAGAUUGUUAAGUAUUCCCCUUAUAACCCCUGUGAUAGGUUUUCACUGCCAUGGCUUGAUUUGAGAUUGUUCUAUGUGAGGAUAAGCAAUUUCUUGGUAGAUGAAUCUGCUACGCCUACGGUUCUCACUCUCAACCAUGUUCCUCUAAGUCCAGACACCCUUUUGGAAAUCAAUGGCGUUAGAUGUAACAUUUACUCUGAAGGAGUGUCUUCUGUUCUUAGGAGAGAUCGGGCCGAUAAGAAGUCUGAGGAGGCCACCUUCGUUGCAACCGAUAGUAUCAGAUUGAGUGGCGAUGCGAGGUUUGAGGUUUAUGAUAAAGGGGAUUUGAUCUUGUCUGGAGCUUUGGAAAUAUGUAGUGGCAAUGGAUCUGAGAGUAAUGCCAAGAAUUGGAGUAUGAGCUGCGAAACGGAGAUUAGGGCUGGGAGCGGUUUCUUGAAGAGAAAACAGAUUAUGGGUCCUGAAUCAUUGUUACCGACAAUCGAGGUUUAUGUCGCUGGAUGUUUCUCGGGAAAGCCAGUUAUCUUAACUAAGACUAUGCAGCUUGGUUUCAAGAAGAAACAGGGUAAGAAGGGCACUCUUGACGCAAUCCCGGAGAAUGAUAUCGGUGAGACGGAGAAAAUCCGGUCAGCUGGGGUCGAUCUACAGAUGGAAGAGUACGGUGAUCGAAAACAAGAAUACGAAGGAGAAUACGGGAACAUGGAGUGGAGGAGGAUGCAAUACAUGGAAGGUGAGGACGGUGAGAUGUCAUGGUUCAAUGCCGGCGUGAGAGUUGGAGUUGGAAUAGGGCUUGGCAUUUGCGUUGGUGUGGGUAUUGGAGUCGGUCUCUUGGUUCGUACGUACAAAUCCACCACUCGAAGUUUCAGAAGACGCCUUCUCUGAGCAGUUUUUGUUGUUAAUCCACCAUUAUAAUACUAUACACUAUAGAUACAUGUGUGUGUGUGUGUGUAUAGGCAGGGAUAUCAUAUGGGUUUCACAUUUUGUAUUGUUUACUUGAUCUAAGUUUGUCAUACUCUGUGGUUGUGGAAUCCAGGAAUUGUUGUUUCAGAUGGUGACAAUCUGAACCAAACCUAAGUGUGUCCGAUGCACUAUAUAGGUGUGUGUGGAUAUAUGGGAAUUUUUCAAUAUAGUUGUGUAUGAUUAAUAUUAA